UGAAAAUUCCACCUAGAUGAUAAGUUUACAUGUAUUGCAGACCAGACCAGAAGCACUUCUGAUUUCAGAUCUGUGAGUCUUGGAGGUGUCUGCAAAGCAAAUCUUUAAGAUCAGAAAAUGAGUGAGCUUGACCAGUUACGGCAGGAGGCCGAACAACUGAAAAACCAAAUUAGAGAUGCUAGAAAAGCAUGUGCAGAUGCAACUUUGUCUCAGAUCACAGCCAACAUUGAUCCAGUGGGUCGGAUCCAAAUGCGCACCAGAAGAACGCUGAGGGGGCACUUGGCUAAAAUUUAUGCAAUGCAUUGGGGCACUGAUUCCAGGCUUCUAGUUAGUGCCUCCCAAGAUGGCAAACUCAUCAUUUGGGAUAGCUACACCACAAACAAGGUCCAUGCCAUUCCUCUGCGUUCAUCUUGGGUCAUGACCUGCGCAUAUGCACCUUCUGGCAACUACGUGGCCUGUGGUGGGCUUGACAACAUCUGCUCCAUUUACAAUCUGAAAACCCGUGAGGGAAACGUGCGCGUUAGUCGUGAGCUGGCUGGACACACAGGUUACUUGUCAUGCUGCCGCUUCCUGGAUGAUAAUCAAAUUGUCACCAGCUCUGGAGACACCACUUGUGCUUUGUGGGACAUAGAAACUGGCCAACAGACAACCACCUUCACUGGGCACACUGGGGAUGUCAUGAGUCUUUCUCUUGCCCCUGACACCAGAUUAUUUGUUUCUGGGGCUUGUGACGCUUCAGCCAAACUGUGGGACGUUCGAGAAGGAAUGUGUCGGCAAACUUUCACCGGCCACGAGUCUGACAUCAACGCCAUCUGUUUCUUUCCAAAUGGCAAUGCAUUUGCCACAGGUUCAGAUGAUGCCACCUGUAGGCUCUUUGACCUCCGAGCUGACCAGGAGCUGAUGGUGUAUUCCCAUGACAACAUCAUCUGUGGGAUCACGUCGGUGUCCUUCUCCAAGAGUGGCCGCCUCCUGCUGGCUGGAUACGAUGACUUCAAUUGCAAUGUCUGGGACGCACUCAAAGCCGACAGAGCAGGUGUUUUGGCUGGACAUGAUAAUCGUGUCAGCUGCCUGGGGGUGACCGAUGAUGGCAUGGCAGUGGCCACAGGAUCCUGGGAUAGUUUCCUCAAGAUAUGGAACUAACACCUCUAGAUAACAGAUGGACUCCACCAUGACUGGAAGACCAUUCCGACCUUGGAAGAGUCACCGUGAUGGCAUAUCCAGCCCAAUUAUACUAACUCGGACACCCCCACGUCUCCCUCAGAACUUCCAAAGGGCAAGAUCUUUUUCCCCUCACCUAUUGCUGAAACAAAGAGCACAAUCCCCUCUACAAGAAGAAUCUCUGUGGUUGUAAACAAACAAAUUGUGCAUUCCUUUGGGACCAUUGUCAUCGCUUUCUUUUUUUUUUUUUUUUGUCUUGAACGAAUAUAAAAAGGAAAUACUAUUAAUAAAAACGUUCGCCGGAAGGGAAGCCUGAGUAAUUAGGAAACAGGCCCACAGCUGAUUCUCACUGUCUUUUAUUUAAAGUUUAGACCAGUGAUCCUGUUUUGUGAACACACCAAGUUGAGGACUUUGUUUUAUCUCAUAACGGUUUCAAAAUUUAACGUCGUGUUUGUAGCAGGGUUUUGAAAACCUUCUGAUUUCCUUUUUUAACUAGAUUACUUUACGGUCAAUUAUGAAGCAAACAAGAGGGUCCUGCCCAGCCUCUCUGGGAUUGUUAAUGAUGUAAAUUUAGUCCCUGAUUUUUUUAUUAUUUUUUGUCUGGCGUCUCAGAUAAUUGUUGCUGCACAAAAAUAUGGCGUAUAGAGAAGUAAGGCAACCAAGCACACACCUGCUGUUAAUGGUAUUGAACGCUUGUUUCGAGAACCUUUCCCCUUUUGUGAGUAGUUCACUCCGGCCCGUCCCCCUGUUUCUUUACCCUUCUGCUCCUCUCUCCCCGUCAGUUCAGUUUUUAUCUCCUUUGGGUUUCUUUGUGCAGUUGGAGGGCGGUUCAUAUACCCUAACACUACCCAGCACCCCCAACUAUCAGGAACCUCGAUUUUCAAGAGAGAUGCCUGUCCUGUGCUUGGAUAGUCAGUCAAUUCUUUGUGUAUGAAAUGAUGUACAAAUCAAUGUUUUGAAAAUAAUGAUCUUGAACUUUCUAAGUUAAAACCAAUUUUUGAUUGUUUGCCAUUUUGGGUGGGUUUACUCUUAGAAUCGCAUGCUGUAGAAAUGCUAAAAACAAAAAAACAAAACAAAAAAAUGCAUAUAGGACUAAGUCCUUAGGUGUUUUUUUUUCUUUUCAGAAAUAACCUGUUUAAAGUUGUAACCAUUGCCGCUCUACUUACUUCUUGUUGCUACUCUGUGCACAAGCCCCUGAGGGAUCGCUCGGGAGUAGCCGUAACUCCCUCCGCCAGCCGACUCCCACCGUCGGUUUUCGGCCCAUCCGGACGGUUGCUGGCGGAGGUUCCUGGGGACCACCCUCUAUCAGUUAGCCCUUCAGAGCCCCACCCCCUGGUAGAAGGAGUCCUUGGCAGCGAAUGGUCCUUUUUGUAAUGACCAGGCUUUCCUGGUUUUCUUUUCAAAUAAUAAAAUAUUACGCAGCAGCGUCUGGACAGUAGAUCGUUCUGUUAACUCUCCUCCCUUCUCAUGUAUCCAGAAGUGCUCCUCCUUAGCAGCUGUAGUGGCUUCUCUCCAUUCUGUUUUUUCUGCAACAUUCUGUACAAAAAUGUGCUGUAAUCGUGCGUUAGGCCUGGACUUGGCAAAAAGAAAAAAAAAGAAACCUCUCUUUGUCCCCCACCCGCCCCCAGCCCCCGUUCUUUCUCCAUGAAUCCCUGGUAGAGCUCUCCACACCCCGUGCCCCUUUUCACCUUUUGUAUUUAAUUUUAAAGUCAGUGUACUGCAAGGAAGCUGGAUGCAAGAUAGAUACUAUAUUAAAAUGUACUGUUAUUUAAGAUGUAAUAAAGCAGUUUGACAUGA